AGCCACGCCCUCUAAAGUGGGUGGGCCUUGUAAGGUUGUUGUGAGAGCAUAAAAAUGAAUUAAGUGACUGCUUUCUAAACUUUUAUAAGAUUUAGAAAGAAUGCAAGAAGAAGGAAGAAGGCCUUUCGUGAUUGGAGUAGCUGGUGGCACUGCCUCAGGAAAGACUUCAGUAUGCCGUAAAAUAAUGGAGGCAGUUUGUCAGGAGGGGGUCAAUCCAAAGGUAGUCAUGAUAAGUCAAGACAGUUUCUAUCGUGAUCUCUCUCAGGAACAGAGGGAGAGGGCUUCAAGGAAUCAAUACAACUUUGAUCAUCCUGAUGCAUUGGACAUUGACCUGCUAAAGAAAACACUUAGGGAGAUUGUGGCUGGUAGAACUGUCGACAUACCUGUGUAUGAUUUCAAGACUCAUACCAGAUCAAAGACAGAGCGUAGAGUAAUCCAACCUUCUGAGGUAAUACUAGUUGAAGGAAUCCUCAUUCUCUAUGAUCCUGAGAUUAGAGAAAUGCUUCAAAUGAAGCUCUUUGUGGACACGGACAGCGACACAAGGCUAGCUAGAAGAGUUUUAAGAGAUAUUCAAGAGAGAGGUCGGACAUUAGAAUCAGUUCUUGAUCAGUACACUGUGUUCGUGAAGCCUGCCUUUGAAGAAUUCACACUCCCAACUAAGAAGUAUGCUGAUGUGAUUAUACCUAGAGGAGCUGAGAAUGAUGUUGCAAUUAAUCUCAUUAUUCAGCAUAUCAAAGACAUCAUUUCUGGUAAGUUAAAGUUAGAAGACAUGACAGGGUCUAGAGGUGGCCUCUCAUUCCCAGCAAGAAAGAGACAUGUUUCAGAAUCCUCAGCUAUACCUCUGGCACGCCCUCACUAAGAGACUAUUAGAGUGCUUUAUUGUUGUUUAUUGUUUAAGUUUAUUAUUUUGUUUUUGGAAGGACUGUAUUAUAUAUUACUUAGUGCCUUAUUUGGUGUUGUAAAUUUUAAUUUUGAAUUUAA